AGAUGCUUUCCGGAUAUUUCUGAUCCUUGAACGCGAUGACAACUCAAGACGGCGAAGACAACUACGCCAUUAAAUUAACAAAAGCAUCACCUCCUUGCCUUGUAGCAGUCGCCCGUACAGACAAUAAUACCCUCGGUAUCUUUUCACUGAUCACACACAAUUGCAGUUGCUUUUUUCUGCUUUAUCUCAGUCAAAAGUCUCUAGAAUCAAAUCUUUGUUCUCCAUUCCCAUUCGUAAAUUAGGGUUUCAUUGGAAGAACAAAAUCUAUGGUUUUUUCAUGAGCAGUCAUCAGUGUUUGUUACCUUCUUAAAAACUUCAAAAUAAAAUAAAAAAUGAAACAAAAAUGUCGGAUUUGGUGGCCUAGACAACAUAACUCCUCGUGUGAUGAAAAAACCCCUAAUUCAGUGGUUUUAUUUGGUUGGUUUUUUCCUUCUUCAACUUCAUUUGACAUUGUUGUUUCAGUUGUUGCUUCACCAGAAAAGAUCAAACAUUCUCAUCCUCAGCCCGAUUUUCAGGGGAUUCUUCGUUUUACAAAUGCAAAGAUGCCUCUAAUUCUACAAGGUAAAUCAACAUUUUCUAUGUUGGGAUAUUGUGCAGCAGGCUGCAGCUUUGAUGGACAAUAUGAAGGUGUUGGAAUUGAAGAAAAUUACUCAUCGACGACCAAUGACGACAUAAGUUCGCAGAAGAAUAAAAACUCGUCUUUUCAAGAUCUUGAGAGAUGGAGUUGUGGGUGCUGCAAGCUCGAUGGAUUUCUAGAACAGCAUAGGCAUGAAUCUAUUAGUAGGAGUAACUGGAUCCAGCUCUCAUAUGACACUGCUUCUUCAUGUGGAAAUGCCCUUCGGAUCCCAACAUUGCAUCACGUACACUUAGAUGGGCUAGUAUUGGCAAGCUUUGACGUUCACGUAAUUCUGUAUGACCCACCUACUUUUGGCUCACACCAUUUUUCGUUGAACUCAUGGGAUUCAUCUGGACAAGUGAGAAUACAUCCCAAGAGACCCAUAUGGGUUGAGGAGCUUCACCAGAAACGACCUCAUACAGAUUUGGAUAUGGUCGUAUGCGCUAUCAAUAGUGCUACUGCUGCUAAAAUAGUCUUCGAGAGUUGCCUUGGUCCUCAAAAUUCCAUUGACAAAUUUCCAGUUAUGUCCUGGCUAGCUAAUGUCACAUUGCAUCUAGGAGCGGCUCUCGUGGCUUCCUUCUUCACUUUUCUUUACAUCGUUCUGCAGUUAUGUCAUAGAUUUAUGCAUUGCGGUUCCGAAUUAUUCCUUCACAGAAUAGUGGCAAGGCCAUUUGGUCAUACGUGCAGGAACAUUCAUAUUCGCAGUUGUCAGCUUCUGUAUUGGCCGGUUUAUCUCCGGGAUUGGGGCAUGAGGUAUCAACCAAGUGCAGAAUAUGUACAUAAAGCUGCAUUACGUCAGCAUUUCAUUUGGUCUAGUGUAGUCGUUGACGCGUUCUUCGGAAAUAUUGUUGGGGUUGCAUUAUUACUCAAUAUGGAAGCAUUAUGCCCAUGGAUAUUGAACCUUGCUCAUGGCAUUACAAAUGAUUUGUUGCGUUCUGGUUGUGUGUGGCUAAUGGGGGUCCCUGCAGGCUUUAAAUUGAAUACGGAACUAGCAGGAAUUCUAGGAAUUAUCUCACUUAAUGCAAUUCAAAUUUGGUCUACCCUUUGGUUCUUUCUACACUUCCUCUUUCGAUAUUUUAUUCAAGGGCUUGCUGUAUGUGGGAUUGUACUGGGAGUGACAGUACCUGCCUCUAUAAUCAUAGAUACUAUUAUGCUGGCAACCUUACACGUGUCGACUCUUCAUCGAUUUUUCUCGCUUAUAUAUUCUCUGCAGAUCCAGGCACUUGUUGCUCUUUGGCGUCUUUUCAGGGGUCGAAAAUGGAACCCACUUCGGGAAAGAUAUGAUAGUAAUGCCUACACUGUGAAGCAGCAUGUGGUUGGAUCGCUUCUGUUUACACCACUAUUACUACUAAUUCCAACAACGUCAGUCUUCUAUAUUUUCUUCAGUAUUCUGAAUACAACCAUCAGUCUGAUAUGCAUUAUGAUUGAGGUUGCUAUAUCUAUUCUUCAUGCAACGCCUUACGCCAAAAUUGCUCUCUGGAUGGUGAGGCGAAGAAGACUUCCAACUGGGAUAUGGUUUGAAAUAGUAUCGUGCCCUAGUAUCGAAAAGCCUGGUUCUUCAAGGAUGGGUUUCUUCAGUAAACGAGCUCUACCGCUGAUGAAAACAGAAGAGAAGAAAGACGAAAGGCCUAGAAUUCUGGUUUCAAUCCUCAGAAGCAACAUUGCAAGUAUAGGACAAAUCAUUUUACCACAUUACAGAGAUGUAUUUCGUGGAGUUUCCAUCUCUUCUGGUGCAAUAUCAGCCUAUGGAGUUCUUAUGGGAAAAAAAAUUCCAACUUCGCUGAAUACUAGCCUACCUUCAACAAUGCCGUGGCUGUUUAUAUCCUUUAGGGAGUAUUGGUGGCUAUGCCAUGACUCUAUACUUGCGUGGGGGACAAACAGAUCCGAGUUGCAGUCUUAACAUUCCUCAUAAACAAAGAAAAAAAGAAUUCAUUGCUUGUGAUCUGAAGUGAUUAAUCUACAUAAUAUUUGUCUGAUAUGCAAUAUUGUUUCCCAGCCACACCAUGCCGUGCUUCCACAAUUGCCCUCUGUUGGUUGUUGUUGAGGGCAUGUAGAAGAUUUUGAAAGCCACGGAACACAGUUUAGACUAGGCCAUGGUAUAUGUUCUCAUAUGAAUUUGAAGGUUUUAGUGUAUCAUUUUUGUAAUGCAGAUCCAUUUUUGUAAGCAAACAUCUAAUCUAAUGGUUAAAUAGCAUUUUUCUCUCUUUAGUCAGAGAAUU